CUCUUCGCCCCGCCCUUCCCAUUUUCAAACGGCAGCGGGAACGGCCCCCACCCAGAGAGGUGCCUGUCGCUGUUAUCUCUCGCUGUCCCGCGAGCCGGCACCCGGUCCGGGGCCCCUUCGUUCCCGCUCUGUGCAGCGCGCGGGACGGGUCAGGCCCGGCUCUCGGGUGGGGGUGGGGAGGCGCUUUCCUAGAGCCCGACACGCCCGGGUUUCGGUUGCAAAGCCAAACGGUGGGCGCGGCCGUGCUGUUCCCGCGGGCCUGGCCGAGCCCUGCGGAACGUCCCCUGGGGCUUCCAAACGCUCGCUGGGCUGCUCGGGGACACAUCUCCCGUCCUCACCCCCGGAAAAGUCUCCUGGGAGUUGAUCAGCGCGUCCUUCCCGUGUCCCCCUUGGCGCGUCCAGGCUCGCGCUGCGGAGACCCGCCGGCCAUGGAGAACGAAAAUUCCAGGAUCCCGGUCUACAGCUUCCAUCACCCCACAGCGCUCUCCCGUAGCGUCCCCCCAGACAUACAGACGCCAUUUCCAUCGAAGAAACAACGUAUCAACAAAACAGUUGAGCCAGAAUUCAGCAAAGAUCCCAAUUUCACUUUUAGCUCAAAUGUUCCAGAGGAUGGUGUCUUCAAAGCCAAAAACCAAGGUCUCUGUAGGUCUACCAAGAAAGUGGAACCUCUUUCUAAAAAGACAGCAACAACUGCACGAGGACCCCUGAGCCGAUACAGAUUGGAGACAGAGCUAAAGACGAAGAACCAGUUGUUGGAAAUAGCCAAACAGCAACUGCACUCAAAGCUGGCAGGAGCACAGGGCACUAUAAAAGACUUAAGAGAAAAGAAUGAAGUCCUGGAAGAAGAAGUUCAAAAGCUGAAGAAAUUUCAAGAUAACUGUAUGGUGAUUUUAGAAAGCAGAAAUAUUGAUCCAGUUACAGGCAAUGAAAUCUUGGAGGAAGAAGAUACGAAGGAGUGUCAGAAGCAGACAAUGUUGCUGACGGAGAAGCUUAAAGAAGAACUGAGACUAUUCAGCCAAAUGGCUGAAAAACAAGAGGAGCUUCUGACAGCAACAGCUAUGUGGAAACUGGCAGAGAAUGACCGAAACAAUUUCCUGGAGAAGCAGGCAUCCUUUCAGAGAGAAAUAGAAGAGUAUGCUGCCACUGUUGGUCAGGUGGAGCUCCUCUUGGACAUAUGAGGAGUAAGGACUAAUCUUUGUCAUGUUUGUGCCCUUAUCAGCUUCUCAUGACAUAUGUGUGACUCUGAUCCAGGAGCAUAGUUUACUGUAAACAAAGGAAUUAAAGGUUACUGAUGGGUCACAGAGUACACCAGAGCCCUUUUUAAGUGGACGGAUAAACAUAGAGAUGUAUUAGUCAUUCCACCAUAGGGGGUUCCCCUUCAUAAAAUAACUAUAACUAUAUAUAUUUUUUUUUACUCUUUUUUUGUAAAUAUGAUCUAUUUAAAAAAAAAUCCUUUCAAGCUUUGUGAAUUUAUAUGUAUUGCUUAAACAUUUUAAGCUGUAAAAUUGAUUUGUCUUGAUGGGGGAAAUAACCCUCCUGUUUAGGCUUAUUUUAAUGCCUGCCUUUUGUUACUCAACUGUAUUUUCAUAUUUCUAGUAAACAUCUUAUU